AUGUCGCCUCACCUUACGACCAGCGUCCAGAGCCAGGUCUACGAUCCCUACCUGGACGGCUCGCCUAUGUUUGACGAAGGGCGCUUCAUCUCGCACAACUCUGGUGCGCCUGCUUUUGCCGAGACGUACUGGGACGAAAAUGAGCGGGAUCUUUAUCCCCAACCGGCGAUGAGCACUGUGGGCGUCUCGGAAUAUGGCGAAAUGAGCCCGACGGUCAGCAUGCAAAACAUGUCGCCGAGCAUGCCUACAUCGCCGCACCUUGCGCAUCCGCUUCAGCCGACGCAGUACGGCCAUUCGCGACGAUUUGGAUCGAAUGGGCUCACGAUGACGGCGCCGAGCAAGCAGGGCGACAUGGGCGUCGUGCACCUCCUCGCCUCGCCGGGCAUGGAAGGAAAGGAAAUGAAACGGAACACGGCAGACAUGGGUCUGCCGCGUGAAAACUCCUUUGGCUCGCAAUAUUUGCCGCACAGUACAGAUAUGCCGCUUGAAAAGGUCGGCGACGAAGCAGCGGGCGAUGCGGCGGGCGCGGUCGCAGGCGCGGUCGCUGCUACGGGCGCGGUCCCGGGCGCAGAAGGCGUCGCUCCAACCAAGGCAAAGAAAAGCAAGGGCAAGAAGGGAAAAGCGCCGGCCGACCCCAACAAGCCCAAGCCUGUGACUGCCGGCGCACUGUUCCGGUACGCGACACCGAACGAAAAACUGCUCAAUCUGUUGGGCAUUGUAUGUGCCGCGGCGUCGGGCGCUGCACAGCCCAUCAUGACGAUUCUCUUUGGUAACCUGGCGACGGCUUUCCUGGGUAUGAAUGAAAAUACGACCGUGGAGGACUUUAUGAACCGCAUCCACCAAACCGAGCGCAACAUCAAUAUGGAUGCGCUGUACCUUGUGAUCAUUGGUAUUUGCUCCUGGAUCGUCAUUUACGUGUACAUGGCUAUCUGGGUGUACACGGGUGAAGUGAUCACGAUGCGCAUUCGUGAAAACUACCUGCGUGCGAUUCUCCGCCAGGACAUUGCGUACUUUGACAACCUGGGUGCGGGUGAGAUCACGACCCGCAUCCAGAGCGACAUCCAGCUGAUCCAGGACGGUAUUAGCGACAAGAUUCCGCUGAUGAUUGCACUAAUUUCCACCUUUAUCACUGGUUUCCUCGUCGCAUACAUCCGCAACUGGCGCCUGGCGUUGGUCAUGACAGCGAUUCUCCCUUGCAUUGUCUUGACGGCGAUUGUGAUGAACAUUUUUGUCGCCAAGUACCAGCAGAUUGAGCUGGACUUUGUCGGUAAGGCUGCAUCGCUCGCCGAAGAAACGCUCUCGACCGUGCGCACGGCCAAGGCCUUUGCGAUGAACGAGCACCUGGCGGCCGUGUACGAUGGCCGCAACAGUCUCGCGACAGCCGCAAGCCGCCGUCGUGCAAUUGCUACCGGUAUCGGUGUCGGCGGCUUUUUCUUCUGUGUGUACUCUGCCUACGCGCUGGCUUUCUUCUUUGGCUCAAAGCUCGUGGCGAGCGGCAACAUCGAGAGCGGUACGGUAAUGAACGUCAUCUUUUCCGUACUGAUUGGUGCAUUUGGUAUGGCGAUGCUCGCGCCGAAUCUCCAGGCUUUGAGCUUUGCGCAGGCAGCAGGCGGUAAGGUGUAUGAGACGAUCGACCGCAAAUCCAAGAUCGACUCGUCGAGCAAGGAAGGUCUCCGUCCGCCACAGUGCUACGGCAAUAUUACCGUGCGUAACGUCAACUUCACCUACCCCUCGCGCCCUGACGUGCCGAUCCUGAAGGACUUUUCGCUGGAUAUUCCAGCGGGACGGGUUACGGCCUUGGUCGGCCCAUCGGGAUCCGGCAAAAGUACCAUCAUUUCGCUCGUCGAACGCUUCUAUGACCCGAACGAAGGCGCGGUUUUUCUCGACGACGUCCCGAUCCCCGAUCUCAACAUUCAGUGGCUACGUACGCAAAUCGGUCUGGUGUCGCAAGAGCCGACGCUCUUUUCCACAACCGUGUGGGAAAACAUUGCCUACGGCCUGAUUCACACGCCUUUCGAGCAUCUUCCGGAAGAGCAGAAAGACAAGCUAAUUGUCGAGGCUGCUCGUCAGGCCAACGCCCACGACUUUAUCACGCAGCUGCCGCAAGGCUACCACACGCAGGUCGGUGAGCGUGCCGCUUUGCUGAGUGGUGGUCAGAAGCAGCGUGUCUCGAUUGCACGUGCGAUUGUCAAGAAUCCUCGGAUUCUCUUGCUGGACGAGGCGACAAGUGCGUUGGACACUGCCUCGGAAGGUAUUGUGCAGGAAGCGCUUGAUCGUGCGUCGCGCGGCCGCACGACCAUCACGAUCGCCCACCGUCUCAGCACGAUCAAGAAUGCAGACAACAUUGUCGUGAUGAAGCAGGGUGUCAUUGUCGAACAGGGUCAGCACAACGAGCUGCUGCAGGUGCCUGGCGGCGUGUACGCCAACCUCGUUGCUGCGCAGCAGAUCAAUCGCGACAACACGCGCGCGGCGCUGACAGAGUACGGCGACACCUUCUCGCCACCGCCCCAGUUCUAUGAGUUUGGCGCAAAGGAGGACAGCAGUUCGAAUCCGAUGGCCUCGCGCGUGAGUGUCCUGACGAACAACGACGAUUCGGCAGCCUCCCAGGUGCUGCGCAUGUCGGGUCUGCGGCACGGCAAGUUUGACAAGGAUGAAAAGGAGAAGCCGCUGGGUAUGCUAUACCUGAUGAUGCGCCUCGCCCGUACUGGCAAAGACCUGCUUCUACCCUACUUUGUCCCCGGCAUGCUGUGUGCGAUUCUCACGGGUGCGACCUACCCCAGCUUUGCGAUUCUCUUUGGACUUGCUUUGACCAACUACGGCAAGUGUCAGGUCGCGUCUACACAGCCCGGCACGCCGUGUCCCGAGCCGGCACGCAGCGACAUGCGUUCUACCGCAAACAAUCAAGCGCUGUACUUUUUCGUGAUUGCCCUGAUUUCGACGGUCGCCACCGUCUUCCAGAUGGCGCUCGUGCAGCAGGGUUCCGCGAUCUUGAUGCAGCGUCUGCGCAGCCGCAUGUUCCGUGCGUAUAUGCGUGCCGAUGUCUCCUACUUUGACGAAGAGGGCCACAGCAGCGGUACGCUGACGAGUUCGCUUGCAGAAAACACGCAAAAGAUCAACAGCUUUAUCGGUGUGUCGCUGGGCACGAUUGUCCAGUCGAUUUCGACGCUAAUUGUCGGUGCGAUUAUUGCGUUGAUCUACGGCUGGAAGCUUUCGCUCGUGGUCAUUGCAUGCAUCCCCUUUACGCUCUCGGCUGGUUUCGUGCGCUUGCGCUUGGUGGUUAUGAAAGACGUCCAAGUGCGCAAAGCACAUUUGGUCUCGUCUCAAAAAGCAUGCGAGUCGGCCAAUGCGAUCCGGACUGUGGCGUCGCUCACGCGUGAGGACGACUGCUUGCGGGAGUACCACGAGUCGCUCGAAGGUGCGUCGCAGGUCGCCAAGAAGGCGGCGCUCUGGGGCAAUAUUUUCUACGCAUUUUCGCAGAGCACCGCAUUCUUUGUGAUUGCGCUCGGUUUCUGGUACGGCUCCAAAUUGAUCUUCCCCCGUGGAAACCCGUCGAACCCCGAGCCGCCGGAGUAUUCUACCGGUCAGUUCUUCACCAUUUUCACGGCGGUCGUCUUUGGCAGUAUCCAGGCGGGUAACGUGUUCAACUUUGUGCCGGAUAUCUCCAACGCACGUACGGCUGCCUCGGCGGUCUUUACGCUGUUGGACAACAAGCCCAAGAUCGACUCGGAAUCGGACGAUGGUAUUGUGCUCGACCACUGCCAGGGCCACUUGCGCUUUGAGGAUGUGCGAUUCCGCUAUCCCUCACGGCCCGGCGUCAAAGUCCUGCGUGGUGUCGACAUCGACGCCCCUCCCGGUACCCACUGUGCGCUGGUCGGCGGCAGUGGUUGCGGCAAAUCGACUACGAUCCAGCUGAUUGAGCGUUUCUACGACGUGGAGAGUGGCCGUAUCACGCUCGAUGGUUACGACAUCCGUACAAUCAACCUGCGCUCCUUGCGCGAGCACAUUGCGCUCGUCUCGCAGGAGCCGACUCUCUACGACGGCACCAUUGCCUUCAACUUGCGCCUUGGCGCUCUGGUGCCUCCGGAAGAGGUCUCUGACGAACAAAUCCGCUCGGCCGCUGCACAGGCCAACAUCCUCGAGUUCAUCGAGGGGCUUCCGAGUGGCUUCGAUACCCAGGUCGGCAGCAAGGGCACACAGCUGAGUGGUGGCCAGAAGCAACGCAUUGCUAUCGCUCGUGCCUUGGUGCGCAACCCCAAGAUCCUCCUACUGGACGAAGCGACGUCCGCUCUCGACUCCGACUCGGAGAAGAUUGUGCAGCAUGCUCUGGACAGCGCUGCACGCGGUCGCACGACGAUUUCGAUUGCGCACCGUCUCUCGACGAUUGCGCAAGCAGACCGCAUCUUUGCAUUCCAAGACGGAGUGGUUGCCGAGGCUGGCGACCAUCGGGCCUUGAUGGCAAAGAAGGGGAUCUAUGCCAACUUGGUCAUGCUCCAGGCGCUCGAUCCCUCUGCAUAG